AUGCGAGCGGAGUCACUUCGCAUGACAGAGUUGGGGCUGGACAUUUCUCUCUCGGGGAGAGGCUCCCAUCGCGAGCCGAGGAGGAGGGAAUCCAUCCCCUGUGGUGCUGGCGCGCUGUCCCACCGAGCGCAGCCCCCCGAAUACUCAGCGCUUCGCCGGGGCCUCUUCACCUGGGAAGCCACCACGCUCCAUCCGGGAGCCGCUUCUACGCGCCAGCAGCAAAAAGUGACACCUCCAGUCCCCGACAAAGGUGGCACCCGCGGGGGGCACGGCCCACCCGGGCGGGCUCGGCGCGCUGCUCUGCGGGCGUGGGACGUGUGCGUUGUUUGCCCGCCGCACACGGCAGCCCUGCCGCCCCGCCCUGGGUGUGCGGCUCUCGGGGGAGCGGUGGGAUGCCCCACGCAGCCCAAGGAGGACACGCGUGGGCGCGGCGCCCCUGGGCACACAGCCCCUUGCCCGAGGGACCCGCGCCCCUCCAGCAGCCUUGGCCUGCUUUGUGCGGUGGAGGCGGCCGCCCGCGAGUCUGAAAUAAAAGAGAUGAUGGCCUACUCAUCUGCCUCCUCUGGAGGGCCCGGCGAGGGGGCACGUUUUAAUGCCAGCGUGCGUGUGUGGUUUUCACCCCCAACUUUAAAAGAAACUCCUCGGUUCGUGGUACCGUUACAAGGGGGAACGCCGUCCCCCUUCUGGCUGCCCCGCGCUGCUGUCCGCAGCCGCUGCGGGAUGGCUUCUGCUCGGCCAGGGCUGCGGGCCCCGCGGGCGGGGUGGCAGCGGCUCCCGGGGGAGGGGGCGCCCGGCUGGCGGCGGGGUCGGGGGCAGGAGCCGCGAUUUAUAAUGGAACUUACAUCUUUGCCUAAAUUCCUUUGGACAAGUGACAACAAGCUUCUGCAUCACCAUUUUCCAGACAUACUGGCUACUGUUCAUACCACACAAGACAUCCCUGAAGAAGCUGUUUUUGGACCAUGCAUGCUCCAGAACACCCUGCUGGACACUGUAGCUUUCAUUGCUCUCAAGUGUUCUGACAGACGGAACAUCCACUAUGUAUUUAAGGUGGAUGUUACAUCUGUGCACAGUCCCACAGGACUGCCAUGGAUGAGACUCGUACAGGCAGCUGCCAAUAGCAAGGAGCAGAACUUGGAAGCUUACUUAGAAAACAGUCAGUUAUACUAUCGCUCCACCAGGAGAAUCAGCAAAAAUGAGGAGCUGCUUGUCUGGUAUGAUGAGGAGCUUUCCAGCCUCUUGGGUUUCAAUGAGAUAAAAGCUCAGAGGCCCCAGAAUGAGCUGAGAUGCCAAGAGUGCGACCGAGUCUUUAAAUGUGAGCAUUCCUAUCUGUCCCAUGUCCGCUUCCUCUGUGUCCCAGAGAAGAGCGCUCUGCUUUGGAGAAACUUACAGAACCCUAAAACUGAAAAGAGCAGCCUCGCUGAGCAGACCACAAAUUUCCACAGUCUGGCAAGGGACCUGGAAGUCAAAAUGGCAGCUUGUAAAGAUGAUGCACAUGGUCUCAUUGGAGAAAGGAGAGCAAAAUCUGAAGAGGCUGAGAAUAACAGGAGCAGGAAAACAGUGCUGUUGGAGAAAACCAAUAAUUUGACUGAGGAACGUAACUGUGGGGGCAAGGAAGAGGUUGGGGGAGAGCAUGCAUUGGCUGGCUCUUUCAGGAAGCUUGCUUCAGGGAGGCAGUCAGCUAGGAAGGAUGCUUUAGAGCAGAAGCAGAGUGCUUUCACUGAGGUCAGGAGGAUGAAAGAGAAGCUGAGGAAUGAGAGACUGCAGGAGCCAGAGCAGGAGGAUGGCAUGGCCCCACCUGGUAAAGAGCAGGUGUCAAAUGAAGUGUUGCUGAACUCCUCUGGUAGUGCAUUCUCCUUUGUUUGGCCCACCAGAGCUCGAGGAGAACAGAAGAGUGCUUUCAGCAAGCCCAGUAAGUGUGUAACAGAAAGAGCUGCAGUAAAUUCUUCUCAUCCCAUGAGUGAGUCAACAAAGAGCCUGGGGGAGCUGUCUGGCUUCAUUGCCACCGCAGACAUCAUGUGCUGCAGCAGUCUUCUCAAUUCCAAGUUCUUUGUCAGUGAUUUGUGUAAUGCUCAGAUGCUGCAGACAAGCAUCACUCGGAGCAAUGUUUUCCCAUAUACCUCAGAACCGUGGCUCAAGCAAGCAGGAGGACAGUUACAAAACACCACCACCACUUCCUCCUCCUCCUCUUCCUCGUCUUCCUUGACUCUUCUUCCCCCCACUUUCACAUCCUUUGGAGUGGCUGCCCAGAACUGGUGUGCCAAAUGCAACCUGUCCUUUCGCAUGACGUCUGAUUUAGUUUUCCACAUGCGGUCACAUCACAAAAAGGAAUACUCCUCCAGUGAAUCCCAGUGCAAGAGGAGAAGAGAGGAGAAGCUGACGUGUCCCAUUUGCCAUGAGUACUUCCGAGAACGCCACCAUUUAUCCCGGCACAUGACUUCUCAUAAUUAGAGCUAUGCAGACAGAUGUCACCAAGGGACCGGGCAGGUUGGGUGAAGGAGGGAAUGACAGUUCAAUUAAAUCCAUUUCUUUUUGAGUUUACAUUAAUUUCUUUCAGAAAAUCACUGUUUACAAUAAUUUAUAAUAGAUGCUUUGUGAAAAAAAAAUUAAAUGUUUACAAGAGUCUGAAUGGGUUUUAAGUUUUGAAAACUCAACAUAGCCCUUGUCAACCUAUUUUUGAGGAAAUAAAACAGUGAAAUGAA